CCCCUCGCGCCUUGCGCCGCCCGGUCGCCGUGGGCACCUGAAAGCGCCGCGGCGCCGGGAGAUCCAGCAGCUAACUCUACCGAGGCCCGAGGAUGGAGCUGCCGGAUCCGGUCCGCCAGCGGCUGGGAAACUUCAGCCGGACCAUGUUCAGCGACUCUAACCGGACCGGGCCGGAGUAUAGCGAGGGUCCGGAUAAUGAAAUGGUUUCCAGUUUGGCAUUGCAGAUGUCACUUUAUUUUAACGCUUACUUUUUCCCACUUUGGUGGGUGAGCAGCAUCACGAUGCUUCAGGUGAAGUAUUCAGUCUUGCCUGAUUACUACAAAUUCAUUGUGGUCACUGUCAUCAUCCUAGUCACCUUAAUUGAAGUCAUAAGGUUGUACCUGGGCUACAUGGGGAAUCUGCAGGAGAAGGUUCCUGAGUUGGCUGGCUUUUGGCUUUUGAGCCUUUUACUGCAGUUGCCUUUAAUUCUUUUCCUGCUCUUUAAUGAAGGCCUAACGAAUCUGCCCUUGGAAAAAGCAGUUCACAUCAUCUUCACUACAUUCCUUACUUUCCAAGUCAUUUCAGCAUUUCUCACCAUGAGGAAAAUGGUAAACCAGUUGGCAACUCGUUUCCACCUCCAGGACUUUGACCGGCUCUCUGAGAGCAGAGGAGGCAUGAGAAGAAUGAGAUCCUGUCUAGAAGAGAUUUGACCCAGUGCUGAUGAGUGGAAAUCAGAAAGAUCAUUCCAGAAGACUGCAAGAGUUAGAACACCAGAGGGCUAGCAUGAGAAGGACAAAUCAAGUGUUGAAUUGUAUACUCUCUAGCUCUGAAUUUCCAAGGCUGGGGGCAACAAUAAGACUGUCUGUACAUCACAUGAAAGCAGUAAAUCAACCCUAAAGCCUACCUGUUGUCUACGUGAUGCCAGAUAUCUUCAUUUUGUUGUUGUUGUCGACUUCUUCAGGUAUGUAGAAGUCUGUAUUGGGGGUAUUACAUCCUGACUAUAAUAUUUCUAGUUAGUACCUGGAGCUAGAAUGGUGUAUGUUUCUUUUAAACUUGGCAGUACACGUGAAGCACAUGGAAAUGCUUGUCAGUAUUCUGAUGUAUUAGACUACAUUUUGUAAACCAACACACCAAAUUCUGAUGUCUGCUAGGGUUGAAUUCUAACCCUAGUCUUAACUGUUAUACUAGAGUUAAGGAGAAAAUAGGUGGAUUAUCAUGGCAUCUAGGAAAUAUUUUUAUCCUAAAAGUGUAACUUUCAUAAAACCACAUUCAGUAUUUAUGGUGGUGGUGUGCAGAAUGUCUUUAUAAUUAUAAGAUAUUUAUGUUAAAAUGUCUGUAGAACUCAUUCCUGUACAGUUCUUUUAGGCUGUGGGUUUGUUAUUUUUAUGACAGGGUUGCCAGAGAAGACAAAAAGUAGAUGUAUCAGAUAGUCUUCCAUGUAGUGGGCACUGGACUAGGCACGUGAACCCUUGUGAUCUCAGCUACUAAAUCGUUAGUCACUGAACUGCUUCAUACACAGUAAAUUCACAUGAAAAUUGAUCUGAAAACCAGGGUGCCUGUUAGUACACAGAGCUAGGAUGGCCAGAGGGGCUCCACUCAUGAUCUUAAAUGGGUGUGUUCCCUUGCUAAUAGGAGAAGCCUAUUUAAGGAGAUUUUGUUAAGAACAAAGUUUGCUUGGGUGUAUCUGAACAUUAUUUUUCAGUGAUUAUUGGACUGUCUUAAGGGAUAUAAUAUUGUCUUUCUUCUGCCUUUACAAGUAAUGUAUUUUACUGAGAGACAGUUGUAGCUACAUUAAAAGUCAUUCUUUCCAGUUUUCCUUUUCUGUAAUUCAUGUUCAUUUUAGGAUUUCCAUGUUGUGCCUUAUUCGUUCUUGUAUUUCUUAAUUUUUGAAUAUGUUUUCACUUCCCACUCUUAAUCACCCCUGAUCAAACUAUUUAUGCUAAUUUUAUUAUUUCUGCUUUUUAUUAUUACAUAUAAAGUUCAAAGAUUUCUCCCCCAUGCACUGGCUGAUUAAUCUUUUCCCUAUAACAAAGUCAUCACUAGGUAUAUUUCAAUAAUUUGAAAUUCAAAAUAGGAAUUCUGUUUGGACAGUAUUCUAAAACGUAUUUGUUUGCAUUUGUUUUCACAUAGGAAUAGAUAGGUGAGUUUAUAAGAAAAUAUAAAAUAGGAACACUAAAUCUUCAUAGCAGAUAAAUUAAGGGGAUGAUCAAGAAAGACUUGCCUACUUUUUUUUUUGAAAGACUUGUCUACUUAAUUGUUUCCAGAGUUUUUAAUUUUAAAUAUCAGAGCCUUUUACACAUUUAAACUUUAAUUUAAGGUUAAGAGAAUCACUAAAAUGUUAGUAUCAUCAAAAAUUUUAAAGGUUAUAAAAAUUUAGGAAAAUGUGUUUCAUUUAUUAAACUAAAAAAUGCUGUAAUAAUAAUAUUGCUUAAAAUGCAGAUAUACAGAUAUAAUAAGGGUGGGAAAGGGGAACUAAGAAAGUCAACUGAGAACAUGACCAAGUCAUUUGUUUUUCAUCUAAACAAUAAAGCCAUGAUUUUGUGUUAGGCUGAACCAACAUUUUCUAUUGGAGUGUACCUGGUUCCCUAUGUAAGCAUAUGAAAAUUGAGAUGGGGAAGAAAUUUACAUGUCAGCACAUUUGGAGUUUAGGCAGUCCUUAUUUUAAUUUUAUUUGAAUAAAUUUGUCCAUCACUUA